ACCGGAAGCUGAAGGGAAGUUCGGCUCCGAUUGUUUCUUCUUCAGUGUUGAUCCUGUUUACGUUAUUUAACGGUUUUUAUUAAGUAUUUUCUGAUUAAAUGUGUAUAUUAGGGUUAUUUAGGUGUUUACAGCACUGAGACGGAGACAUGUUCACUGCUGAUGAUGAAGACGGAGACUUUAUGUCUCCCACAGGAGGGGCGAAAUUAGCUUCUCUGUUCAGCUUGGACCAGCCGCCCAGCCAGACCAAUGAGUCGUUCCAGUACACAGCCCCCAAACAACCUCGUAAGAGCUCAGGUCCACCUGCUCAAAAAGCCGCGCCUCCACCCGGAUCACCUGCGGUGCUCUUCGCCACGGCCGUUCACGCCUACAGAUAUGUUAAUGGACAGUAUAUGAAGCAAGGCAAGCUGGGAGCUGCAGUGUUAGGAAACCACGCCAACAAGGAGUAUAAGCUGCUCCUGUACGCCAGCCAGCAGAAACCCGUGACGGCGGCCAGGAUUCACUCAGCCUUCUCCUUCACUGUCCAGCCCAGUAACUACUGCACCUUUUAUGAUGAUCAGAGGCAGAACUGGUCUCUCAUGUUCGAGUCGGAGAAAGCAGCCACAGAUUUCUGCAAAGAGGUGUGUUUAGCUAAAGCGAACUGCGCCUGUCCUCUGGAGAUGCUGGUGACUCAGGACCUGGUUCUCGGCGAGGGUCAGGGUGUAGAGAACGGAGACUCUCUGGAGGUAGCCUACACCGGCUGGCUGCUUCAGAACCACACCAUCGGACAGAUGUUUGACUCUAAUCUAAAUAAGGACAAACUUCUGAGAAUGAAGCUCGGUGCUGGAAAAGUCAUUAAGGGCUGGGAAGAGGGCAUGCUGAAUAUGCAUAAAGGAGGCCGGCGUCUCCUCGUGAUUCCCCCGGCUCUGGCGUACGGAUCACAGGGCGUCCCGGGCCGAGUCCCUCCAGACAGCACUUUGGUGUUUGAGGCAGAAAUCCGUAGGGUGAAGUUUGCUAAAGACGCCGGCUCUGAGAGGACUGCUGUGAGCUCCAGGGACACCAGUGUCCCCUCCCCUGCCCCUAGCAUGGAGAGUCUGGGGCCGGAUCUCCCCUCUGCAGCCAGCAGAUCAGGUGAACCACCACUAAGAGCUAAAUCCAACUCGUUGAGUGAGCAACUAGCAAACCCAGAUGCCACCAAAGCCAAGCUCAUCUCUCGCAUGGCCAAGAUGGGUCAGCCCAUGCUGCCCUUCCUCGCCGGCCCAGCAUCCUCAUCCUCACAAGCAGAGUCCAGCGACUCUGAGCUGGAGGACCCGAGUGCAUCUCGAGUGAAAGAGCGUCCUCCUGCACCGUCCCCCCAGCCAGUCCACCUCACCUCAGGUCCUUCAGCAUCAUUACAAGCAACAGCCUUGAUGCCUGUUUCUAUGGCAACAGCCAGUCCUCAGCCUGUGAUUCCCGUGGCAGGUCAUGGCUUCCAGCCGUACCCUUACACUCAGUCCACUACGGCUCCGUCUCACUUACAACCAGUUUACCCCUCACAGACCGUGCCUUACCAAGGAAGUGGUGACAUCACAUCCUUUUUGAUGACGGAAGCCCGGCAGCACAACACUGAGAUCCGAUUGGCCGUCGGAAAAGUGGGAGAUAAAGUGGACCAAUUAGCAGCCAAGAUUGAGGAGCUGCACAAGCCGGGCGGGCUCUCUCUGGGCUUAUCGAAUGUCUCCAUGGAUACGGCGAUGAUCAUGAACACCGUUCAACGCAUCAUCCAGGAAAACGAGUGUCUGAAGAAAGAGGUGUUUGAGAAGAGCUCACGCAUCGAAGAGCAGAACCGCAAGAUCGGAGAACUCAUCAACCAGAACCAGAGGUGCAUGGAGCAGAGUAAUAUGCUAAUGGAGCAGCGGAACGACACUCUGAAGAACUCGAGUGAGCAGAACCAGGCCCGAAUACUGCAUGCAGAACAGGAAAAGGCGAGGUUGACAGACGAACUGGCCAGCUCUACAGCACGGGUGUCUGAGCUGCAGUCGGAGCUGAUGGCACAGCGUCAGAAAGCAGCAGCUCUGCAGUCGAGCCUGAACGCCGCCCUGCAGGAGGGACAGCAGCACAGCGCACAGCUCACAGCUGCAGAGAACCAGCUGCAGGAGAUGAAGGAGUCGGCAGAGCGGGUGCAGGCGCAGUACAGAGCCGAGAAACAGAAGAGGAAGGAGAUGGAGCUGAAGGUGAAUAACCUGGACGAGGAGCUGCAAGACCUCAAGAGUGAGAAAGAAAGUCUGGAGCGAACUCUGUCAGACAGGAAGAGGAAGUGGAAGGCAGAGAGACAGCGCUGUGAUGAGGAGUUGGAAGAGGUGAGGAAGGCCAGUCAGAUGGAGACGGACCAGCUCCGAAAUCAACUGCGUAAAGCCCGAACCAGCACGGACCAGGCGACUGCUGAGCAGUUAGCACAGCUGCAGGCAGAUGUGGAGCGUGAGUGGCAGGUGAAGUGUGAGCGAGCUCUGGCUUCAGUACGAGAACAGCAGAACAGAGAAGUGACGGAACUCACAGAGCAGAGAGACACACUGCAGGUCAAACUCUCACAGCUACAGGACAAGUUCUCUGCUAUCAAGCAGUCCAGAGAGAAGGAGGAGCAACAGUUACUACGGCAGCAAGACCAGGGGGAGGAGCUUCAGGCCCUGAGAGAUAAGUGUUGUGAGUUGGAGAAGAGGGCGGAGUCACUGAGGCAGCAGGGGGAGGCACGAGUUUCAGAGCUGGAGAGGAGACUGGCAGAGCAAACAGACACGACAGGAGAGGUGAAGCGUGUGAUGAAUGGAGUGUUUCAGUCUUUACGGGGGGAGUUCGAGCUCCAUGAGACGUACACCGGCAGUGUGGUGCUGGGCGUGCUGGUCAACACCAUUAAGAACGUGACCCUGCAGCUGCUCUCGAAAUCUGAACCGGUCUCGACUGACAAUAGCAAGAAAGAGGAGGAUGAAGAGGAGGAGGAAGAGGAGGAUAGGAGGAAUGAGAAGGAACCGUCUGAGGAGCAGGAGAACCACGCGCAAGAGUUACAUAUGAACGGAAAGAAAGAGGACGUAGAGGAAGAAGAAGAGGAGGAGGAAAAUGACCAGGUGCAAGUGACCGAGGAGAACAACAAAGAACCAGAGACUGUAGAGGAGGAUAAGGAGGAAGAGACGGGUGGACAGGAAGCCGUCAGAGGUAAAGAGGAAGAGACGGGUGAACAGGAAGCCGUCAGAGGUGAAGAGAUGGGUGGACAGGAAGCAAUCAGAGGUAAAGAGGAAGAGAUGGGUGGACAGGAAGCCAUCAGAGGUGAAGAAAUGGGUGGACAGGAAGCAAUCAGAGGUAAAGAGGAAGAGACGGGCGAACAGGAAGUCGAAGGUGCUAAAGAGGAAACAGGAAAGGAAUCGGAUCGCCUCGAAACAGAAGGGCUCGUACAGUCCGACAUCACAACAGAGAUUCGGAUGAAGAAUGAUGUCAUUCCCAAAGAGGAAGUGAACACACCAGAACCAGAUGAAACCAUUCACACCGGACCUCCGAAGAACCCCCCACCACCCCCAAACCCUGCCGAAGAGGACGGUGCAGAAACGGCAGCACAGCCCAGCAGUCCAUCUGAAGGGGUGAAUUCAGAGGAGCCAUUCUUCCAGAGCCCCACCCCGACUAAACCCCCACCACUACCAACCAGUGAAGAGGAAGAGGAGGAGCUGAGUUUAAAAGGACGACCCCCUCCCGCUCCUCUGUUUGGAGACGACAGUGAUGACGAUGAUCUGGACUGGCUCGGCUGAGCUGACUUGACUUCACCUUACCCUCAAUCAAGAACCAAAACAACCACCGCCAUCUGACCCUUUGGUAACGGUUCCCAUGGAAAAAAACAUGCCAUGGAGACGGAAGCGGAUCAGCUGGAAACUGAAACUCCUCCCUUUCCCCCAAACUCUUCCUUGUUGUCCAUGUUUUCAAAGGAGAGCAGCACUUCCUGGACUUCGUCUGAGUGGAAAUCCUUUUUUUUUUUUUAAAUAAUUUGAUCAUGCACUUGUCUCUCAAACCAGAUUUCACUUGUAGCCUGAAACGUGACCAGGAGAUGAUGACACUUUUAUUUUUAAAGACAUUUUAAUUUGCCAGAACUUGAUUGUUCUGAAUCAGGGGUUUGGUGUAUGAGGAUAAUAACGGUUAUGACAGUGUGGACUAGCUGCUGGAUGGAUGUCUUAAAGUUUGUACUUCUUACUAACAGAAAUGUGAUUAAAGUAAUAAAAGAUGAGCUGGAUAA